ACUACGCUUUGUGCCUAAGUGCUGGAAUUUUGGCCCGAAUCCUUGUUAAUUUGUGGUGUAAAGCUGCUGAAAAACUUGAAAAAUUCAAUUAUCAACUUUUUAUGAUUGUCCUAAUGUAGAUUGCACCAUGACAUACUUCGACUGGUACCCAUUUCUUUGUGUACAGCAACUUAUUUUUAGUAUGGCAUUGCAAUUUUGGUAGCGCUACGUACUUGCGGUGCUAUGUUUUCAAAAUUUUGACACUUUGUGAGGAAGUUUGCAAAGGUUUCGGGUAAUACUUUUGAAAAGCUGUCGUGUGGUGCUGUGAUUAGGUAAAAAUUUCCCUUCAAUGAAUACGUCAGAAUGUUCAAGUUAUUGGCAUCUGUAGAAGUUAACCGAGUUGUAUAGUUUUCAACGCGAUGGAAAAUGUUUGGGGAAAACUAAAAACAUUGAAAGGACGAUCAUGGACUGAAGCCAAAGAUAUACUAAAUAAAAUAAAAGAUACCGGUACUCGAAUAGAAGAAAUAGUCGUAUCGUAUAAAAUAAAUUCGGAAACUUUGGCUGAAGAAGAUCGUGAAAUUUAUGGUGUUUAUCCCAAAGAAGAACCGUUCUAUUUAGAAAGAUGUAAGUUAUGCUCGCGUCUACUGAAACCAUCAGUCAUUAACCUACAUCAUGACUUACAUCACAAACGGAAUACGAAUUCUGCAAAAAAAUCAUCUUUCAUUUCACCUUCUAAAAGAAAAUACUCCAAAAAGGGAAAUAAAAGCACAAGUGAAGAUGAUUCCGAAUCGGUGAUAUCAUCGGAAACACCUUCGCCAGCUGUUGACCUGCAGGAGAAUUCUUUGAGUAACCUGGAUAGCUCUGGUAAGGAAGACGCGAUUGUAGACAUAAUUUCUGUCGAGGAAAUCCCUAGCGAAGAUAGUAAACCUCCUACACCUGGGCCACAAGAUCUCUAUGAAGAAUUCGCAGUUCCUAAUACAGACGAAGUUUCGAACACAUUUUCAUCGACUUCUACUAGCGACACAGAGAGCUCGAAGUCGUUCUCAAAUUCGAAAUCAUUGCUUAAAUUGAAAAUUACCGCUAACAAAGAUCGUGAUAGCAAGUCUCAUAGUGGCACUUCGUUAUUAGAAGCGCAUUUACUUUCUAAUACGAAAUACAACACGGCGGACGCAAAGUACCGCAAUUCAAAUUCGAAAUUCACACCUUUUUCAAAGAACGAAGCUCCGAUUCCUAUAAUACGAACGAAUGCUGCAUCAUCGAAUGCACCGAAAUCCGAAGAACUUGACUCCGAUUCGUGGAAAAGUUCCAACUUCGGUCAUCACGUUGGAUCACCCAAACUUAAAAACGAGACUAAAAUUUCCAUUCCGAUAUCUGCUCUUCCGCAAAAUGUUAAGAUUAUAGGAUCUCUGAAGAAAAACAGUAUUUCUAAAUCUACAUCGUUGCUUAAAAAUAAUCCUCAUAAACUAGUUUCUAAUUCCGAUUCGAAAGAAAAGCUUAACGUAAAUGUUCCUGGUAGUACUUUUUCCAUCGGUUCUGCAGAGAACACCAUCGAUUCUCCCGUCGAAGUACCUAAACACGUUGAUAAGACAACAAAGUCGAAAAAAAAUAAGAAAUCAAAGGGCAAAAAUCGCUCAGCGAGGAACAUCGAGUUUGAUCCCGAUAAACAUUGCGGCGUGCUGAUUGACGAGAACAGAAGAUGUUUGCGAUCAUUGACCUGUAAAACUCAUCUGAUCUCUCUUCGCAGAGCCGUAGAAGGUCGUAGUAAAGAAUUCGACAAGCUACUGGCGGAUCAUCGGGCUUCAAAAGAAUUAAUCAAAGAACAAGAGCGCACUCAACCACCGAAUUUGAAUUUAAGCGAUCCGAUUAUCAGCCUCCCUAUCCUGACGGCUGACAAAAUAACGGGAAAUACUAUUCAAAUUUCUUCGGCGACUAAUGAAUCUGAAAUAAUUAAAAUUCGAGUUCCUAAUGUUAUUACGAAUCCUGAAAUAGUGCACAGUAAUAGUUCCAAUUAUCGUCUUCCUCAAAACGAUAAUAAUAUACAGAAAAGUGAUUGCGAGAAAGUAAUUAAAAAGUUAUCUAAUAACGUUAAAUUAUCCAAUUCAACCAAUAUCAAGGCUUCUAGCAAUAUUAAAGUCAUCACUCCUGUCGUCAAAACGGAACCGAAACCUCGUGUCUAUGAAAAUGACAUUAAAAUUUCAUUUGUUUGUUCCGAUAUGCUGUAUAAAGUUGGUGGUCUUCUGUACAUGGAUAGAAGUCGUCAAGCUGUACGUAAAUGUAUGGAUCCUCUAAUAUCGAAAGACAGUAACGACAACGAGUUGAAAUUUCGUCGUGGUAAUCGUCGAAUUGCUGAUUUCUUGCAACCUUUGAAAAAUAGCGGCGUUCCUCAGAAAGUUAGUGUUUUCAACGAAGAAAAUUCCGAAAAUACGCCCAUCAAAAAAGAACCAGUAAACGUACCUAAAACCGAAUUAAAAUCCAAAGUUAACGAAGAAAUCGAACGAAUGAAAAGCGUUCUCGCCGCCUCGUGUAAAAUUUUAAACAAUUUAUCGACUGAUGAUAGCGCGAUUAAAAAGUUGAAAAUUGCCAAACGAUUGAAACGGAAAUGCGUUCCAAAUAAUACUAUAAUUGUGAAGAAACCGAAACAAGAAAUAUCCGAUGAAAAUUGCGACAUAAAUACUCUACUUUCAUUCGAUAAAAGCGUCGAUAAGAGCUCGAAUGGAGAGCAUUUUCCCAGUAUUCCAGUGAAUCGGUUUUCGUUCGCUGUGCCAGACGCUAGUUUCCAAAAUGAUCCGAGUCAAGAAAAUUUAAACCACAUCACCAACAUAAUGGAUAACAUUUCCUACAAUGCUUUUCUUAAUAAUGAUAAUAACGCUGCCGAAAAUUACAGCGAAAAUGAAACCGCCUUAUUGCUGCAAACCUUCAAAGACUUGGAAAAUCAAAUCUGCAACACGGUAGGAAACAAUAUGCAGAAUCUGUAUGCUACUCCAACGUUACCUCAAGCUGCAAAUAAUACCUAUAUUGACUACAUGAACACAAAUACCGUUCCUAAUAAUGUGGAGUACAAAGAACACUGCGAAAACGAGUUCAAAGUUUUGGAUAAUAAUUUACCUAAUUUCGAUGAAAGUAUCGCCAAGAAUUAUUCUCUGAUAGAAGAAUAUUGUAAGAGUAUAGCAACCGACGAAUUAUUUAUGGACGAUAAAACAAAUUUUGAAUUUUACGAAAAUGGCGGCGAUUUGGUGAAUGGAGAAGCGAAAACUAACAGAAGCAAUGAAAUUGUUGUCGUUGGUGAAAACGCAUUCAGUGAUAAUGAGCGUAAUGUUGAUAAUAUUAAUAGAAACGUCAACGAUGACGGUUUGAAUUUCGACACGCAUAUUUUAAACACCUAUUUAUCGAGCAUAUCUGGCGAAUCGAGUACUCAGGAUAUUGCUGAUAUCAAUUUCGCUCCUCGGCAAUUUGAUUUACCUCAGGUUGAACCUCAAGAAAAUCAGAAUUUAACUAAAGAAAACGUAUACGAAGAGAUUCUAACGUUGAAUAAGCAAUUUCAAGAUAGUACGGCUGUGAAAAUAGACCAACCUCCGACCCCAACCACUGUAUAUGCAAAAGCAGAAAAUGAAGAGGGGUUAAACUGGCUGUUUUAAUUAUAUUAUAGGAUAAUUAUUUUUGUACUUUUUAUGUGAUUCAUUCGUUUUUUUUACGCUUUAGUUUCUUUUAUGUUGAACGUUUAGAAAAAGCGCGUUAGCUUCUAAGUUUUUUUUUUUUUUUUUGUAUCGUAAAUUUAUGCGUUCGAUUUGAUGUAAAAGUGAUCAAUUUUAUUGCUAGAAUGACUGUGUUGAAAACUCAUCAUCGAAUUGAUUAGAUUAAUAUUAUUGUGUGAUUUAUUGUGCUACUCGAAUUGAGAUUCGUUUCACAAAUUUAUCGAGAAAAAUUUGUAGGAUUGAAAUUUUUAACUGUUUCGUGUUUACUUAUUAUUGACGCUUUUAAAUGAUUAAUUCUUCUAUAAUAUUUCAUUAUUCUUCGUAAUUAUCAAGUUCCUCGUUGCCGACUUUUAAAUACGAAAAUAAUAACUGGUACAGGGACUCGUGGUGUUCUUUGGUUUUCCAAUUUCUCUUUUUUUUUUCAAGUUCAAUCGACCUGUUAUCUUAGCAAAAAAAAGGUGAAUUCGGAAAUGUGGAAAACCAAAGACGUGCUGCAAUCGUUUGAUGUUUCUGUGGGUGCAAUUUAUCUUCAUGAGUACAUACAUAGGUAUCUACGCUUUUUUGUGGACAUUUUCCGUGACAAAAGUUACCUAUUCGAAAGAAUUAACACUUGCGAGUAGGUAUCUAACUUUGAAAUGAGUAGAGUUGACAUUUUUUUAUGAUUUAUGCUAAAUGGGUGAGCCAGUUUUAUUUAUUCAUCAUUUAAAUUUUUUCUCACGUUGAGUAUACGUACGUAUUGCAUUUAUUAAUUACGGUUGUAAUAUGCUUGUGUUUAUUAUAUUUUUAAUAAUGUCAGUUCAUCGUAAAGUAAGUACGAUGGUUAUAAAUUAUGAAUUCUCUACCCGUAUUACAUAUUAGUCAAAUUUAUUAAAUGGUUUAUGUUGCUUUGUGAUAUUAAUUUAGUAUUUAAAAUCCUUUUAUGUAUUCUAUUUAUUUUUCAUGCAAUAAAUACGAUGUAAAUUGAAUGUCAAUUCGCGAAUAAAAUGAUUAAACCGGU